CCACUAAUCCCCUCACUCUCACUCAACAAGGCAAAAAUGGGUUUUGCAAAAGCUUUAGUUUUUGUCCAGCUCUCUAUUCUCCUACUAAACACCUUCACUGUUCUUGCUCAGCUCUCAGCCAUUGAAGCUCAGGCACCGGUUCCGUCGCGCCAUCAUGGUUACUAUGCACACCCAAUAGCCUCCCCUGCGCACCCUCCCACUCACGGCCACCACCACCACCACCCCAAACCUCACCCACACCCUCCAACCGCUUCCCCGGUCCACCCUCCGGCUCACGCUCCUGUCCACCCUCCCACUCACCACCACCACGCUCACCCACCUUCCCACAUGCCGGCUCACUCUCCCUACCACCACGCUCCCGUUCAGCCCCCGAGCCACCCUCCCACUCACCACGCACCACCGGCUCACUCCCCUGCCCCGGUUCACCCUCCUACCUACCCUCCCAAGAAGCCCUUCCCACGUAGCUUCGUGGCCGUUCAAGGCGUCGUCUACUGCAAGUCUUGCAAGUACUCCGGCGUCGACACUCUUCUCAACGCCACCGCCAUCGCCGGUGCUACCGUGAAGCUCCAGUGCAACAACACCAAGUACCCGCUUGUCGUGAAGGGCACGACGGACAAGCACGGCUACUUCUUCAUCACAGCUCCCAAGACCAUCACAACCUACGGUGCCCACAAGUGCAAGGCCUCGCUAGUCUCCGCUCCGACCACCGCGUGUUCCAAGAUCACCGACUUCCACGGCGGACUUACGGGCGCCGUUCUGAGGCCGUCCAAGCCUUUCCUGUCGGAGAAGAAGCUCCCCUUCCUUCUGUACACCGUCGGUCCGUUCGCCUUCGAGUCCAAGUGCCCCCAUUGAUUAGCUUAUUUACAAUCUACGCCACUGUGUUUCCUAGGAGAGUGUGCCAUUACUGUAUGAGGGUUUAUGAGUUUGAAGGGUUUCCCCCCAGUGGUUUGUAAUUGAUGGUUUAAAUUUGGUACUGUGUUGCUUAAUUACUUGGUUUACAAUAAUUAAUAACAGUUAUAUUAUUGAAAUA